CCAGGAAGUAGCCAAAUUUCAUCUGGGCAUGAACUUAUCGACUAAAUUACAGCUUUACGGUCAUUUAUCGGUUGACGGACGCACGCGUAUAUACUUCUGCUCCCUCAUUAUCCUCUGUAGUUGCUAACGGCUUUGGUGGGUGGUGUCCCAAUCGUUAGGCACCUCUCCUGCCGAGGGGUGAUCCCCCACAAUGAAUACGCUUAGUGGGGUGAGGUCGACUGUCAACUUCCCCACGCGAAGCUACCCCAUGUGAGGAGAACGAUUUCUCCAUGGGGAGAGAGGGGAUUUAGUGGGUAUGUAGAUCAGUCUACAUUUAUUUACCAUGACAUGGCAAAGCUAUAAGUACUUUGGCUGGCUGUAUUCAUAUUCCUUUUUGCAAGUUUGAUUGACGCUUAGAGAAGGAAAUCGGCAUUGCAAGCUAGUAAAUUAUUACGCUACAGCUGCAUAGUCACCGAUAUGUCAGCUACUAUAAACAAGGAUGAAAAGGACCAGGCUUUUGAGCACGAGAGUAAUGCUGGAGACACGGUCGACAUCAAGAGCGCAGACGAGCUAGAGCGCAACAUCAAUGGACCACAUAGCAUAUAUGCAGAGGCUCUCGCAAGAUACCCAAACGAUGAGUCUAUAGACCAGAUAGACGAGAAGAAGCUUAAGCGUAAGCUUGACAGACGUAUAUUACCUUUGUUGGGAAUAUGCUACUUCUUCUAUUAUGUCGACAAGACAACUCUGUCGUACGCAGCCAUCUUUGGUAUUAAAGAUGAUCUUCACUUGCAAAAAGACCAGUACUCGUGGCUGUCAUCAUUGUUCUAUUUCGGAUGGCUUUUUUGGGCUAUUCCGUCCAACUUGAUUAUGCAGAGAUGCCCGCCUGCAUGGUAUCUCUCAUUUAACAUCUUCAUGUGGGGAGUAUUAUUAAUGGUUCAAGCAGCUGCGAACAACUUCGCUACGUUAGCUGCGCUUAGAAUCCUGUCGGGGGCUUUCGAAGCUAUCGCCGAUCCGGCAUUUAUGAUGAUCACGUCGAUGUAUUAUACGAGAGCCGAACAGCCAUCACGCAUCGCCGCAUGGUACAUGUGGAAUGGCAUUGGAGUGGCUGGGGGUGGAUUGAUCGGCUACGGCAUUGGUAACAUCAAAGGAGCUCUCCAAUCAUGGAGAUACGAGUUCAUUGUCGUGGGCGCAGCCUGUGCCUUCUGGGCUACCAUCCUAUGCCUCCUUCUGCCCAACUCGCCCGUCACCUUCCGGGGCUUCUCCUACGACGAGAAGCUAUUGAUGAUUGCUCGCAUGAGAAGGAACCAAACGGGUGUCGAACAACGUCGCAUCAACUGGUCGCAGAUCAAGGAAGCCUAUCUUGACUACAAGACUUGGCUUUUUACCUUGCUUGGAUUCGUGAGCAAUAUCCCCAAUGGCGGCAUUUCCAACUUCUCGACUCUUGUGAUCAAGGGCCUGGGUUUCAAUACCUUGAACACCGCUCUUCUUGGAAUCCCCCAAGGAGUCAUCGUGGUGAUUUGGAUUGGGUUGGCUGCGGUCUGCAACAGAUAUAUGCCGAAGAAUAGUCGCACUAUCAUCUGCGCAUUAUUCAUGAUCCCGACUAUCGCCGGUGCAUUGGGGUUUCUGCUCGCUCCUACAAAUGCCUAUGUCGGCCGUCUCAUCUGCUUCUACCUGACCGGCUCGUAUCAAGCUUCAUUCGUGCUUAGCUUGUCACUGAUCACGUCGAACACGGGCGGGCAAUCCAAGAAGAUGAUCGUGUCAGGCAUGAUAUGGUUUGGCGCAUGCAUCGGCAAUAUUGCCUCGCCAUUUUUCUAUAAAACAGAGCAAGCCCCAAAAUACCCCCUAGGCAUCGGUUCGUUGCUUGUUGCCAACAUCAUUGAGCUUGUUCUCUUCUUCGUCUUACGUUACUCUUUUAUACGCGAAAACAGAGUCAAGGAGAGGCAACGUGCAGAGUUGAGGGCAAACGGGGGGAUGGAGAACAACGAUCUUAACGAUACGGCCUUUACUGAUAUGACAGAUAAGCAGAACCCAAACUUUGAAUAUGUUUACUGAACAUAGCUAGUAGAAGCUGGUAGAUUACGUUUAAUAAGGCCAGGAGGA